GGCUUUCCAGUGGCGGAGGCUGGAGGAGACUCACAGAAAUGGCACCUCACAAGAAGAAAGAAAAGAGGGAAGAACAGGUCAUCAGCCUUGGUCCUCAGGUGGCUGAAGUGGAAAAUGCAUUUGGGUGUCACAUAUUUUCAUCCUCCAGUGACACUUUUGUCCAUGUCACUGACCUCUCUGGCAAGGAAACCAUCUGUUGUGUGGCUGGUGGGAUGAAGGUGAAGGCUGAUGGAGAUGAGUCAUCUCCAUAUGCUGCCAUGGCCACCCAGGAUGUAGCUCAGAGGCACAAGGAGCAGGACCUCACUGCCCUCCACAUCAAACUCAGGGCGACAGGAGGACACAGGACCAAGACCCCUGGACUAGGGGCCCAGUGAUCCCUCAGAGCCCUCACUCACUCAGGAAUGAAGACUGGGCUACUGAGAUGUCACCCCAUCCCCUCUGACAGCACCUGCAGGAAGGGGGGUCGCCAUGGUUGCCAUCUGUGAAUAGGACUCCUCAAAUUAUUUUCUGUUAAUGAACUGACUUCAUGUUAAAGAAAAAAAAGAGAGAGAGAAAAGAAGACAGAAAGACAGACAAAGGAAGAAGGACGGAUGGAAGGAAGGCAGGCAUGCUGUGGCCGCUAAAUUUUAUGGGCAUGUA